UCGCCGUCUCGAUUCAGUCUGCUGUAGCGAUUAGUUCGUAAAAGAGUGAUCACUGUUAUUCCCAAUACAGCCUGUGAAAUUUUAAACAGAAGUCGUUCUCGGAUCAUAAAAAGUAUCGUCCAUAAAGAGGGUUAGCGUGAGAGUGAAGAAAAAAGUGGAAUAAAAAGUGUCGAAAAGUCGAACUUCGAAUCCAUUUCAUCACUUUGUUAUGAAAAAUUUUAAUUCCGAAUCGUGACUGUAAGGCUUCAUUGAAAAUCGUUUCUUUUCAGCAGAACGAAAGUGGCAAAUGUGAAAUCCAUCGUUCCAGGUAGCUCGGAAAAUUUCGUGCACAAUCGCGAAUCAAACUUGAUACAUUUAUUUAAAAAAUGGAAAUUCGCGGACAUAGCAUAAAAAUGGAUUUAACGAUAUUGGCGGCUCUGUUACUGCAAACUGUUUUUUUGGUUACCGGUGUUUCCAGCUUUUGCGUUCUUGUACCGAACGAAGACAUGCUCGAGUAUUCUUGUACGGGAGGUUCGCCGCACGAUUUUUACGUAAUACCUAAAGUAACUGAAAAAAUUCGUAUUACGAACAUGACUAUUCCGCGCAUCACGAAAGAAACGUUUUCCCGUUUCGGUGAAAAUCUUUGGGUUUUGACAUGCACGCAUUGCGGAAUAAAAGAUAUCGAGCCUGAUGCAUUGCAGAGUCUCGUUAACCUUCAACAACUGCGUCUCGACAACAAUCAUCUGAGAGACGUAAAAUCCGCAUGGUUCGUUGGAAUGAAGUACCUGACGUACCUCGAUUUGAAUUACAACGAGAUCGAACGGAUCGAGGACGGGGUGUACGCGAAUCUGCCGAGUCUCGUUGAUUUCCGUAUAUCCGGAAACCGCCUGGAAUGUUUGAACGUCGAAGCGAUGUCGAAUCUCGCUGAUUUGAAACGAAUAUUUUUGAACAAAAAUCCCGAAUUCAAAUGUCCGAAUGCGGUGUCCAAAUUUUUGGAAGACCGCGAAGUUAGUUUUGAGAAAGACCCCGAAUGGCGAAAUAUCCAUCGAGAUCUUGUCGAAACUCCAGGUGGCAUGAGAGAUUGGUCGACACGACCGAUAAAUCAACCCACAACUUCAGCGUAUCACGAAAAAUUAGUAUCGACAACAGAAGAUUUGUACGACGAUUACGAGUACUUCACAGAAUCCCCGGAUCCGUGGCAUCCGAAAAUUCCGGUUGCUACCGAUCGCCAAGUUUUCACGUCUACGCAGUCGCCCUAUCCGAAAAACUGGCCGACUCCAUCGCCGAACAACGUCGAUCAAACGAGUCCAAGUUGGCCAGCAUCAUCGUCGCCUCAUCCGAAUCCAACUUCCGGUUGGCCCACCGCAUCGCCGCCAUAUUAUCCUCCGAGAAAUUGGCCUACGCCUGAGCCCACUUAUCGCCCCGAAACUGAAAAAUCGUCGUGGUCAAACGUCCCUCCGUCAAGAUACGAUUACGACCGAACCAGCUAUAGACCCGAAGUCAUUGUCUCGCCUCCUACGGAGCCUAUCGACAACGGACGACUGAGCAAUGCUAACGGGCCUUUUUACAUCGAUUCUGGAAACUUGCCAGUCACUAACGAGCCGAAUAAUAAUUUUUCACCACCAAGUUUCGAAUUGACUGACUACUCGUCUGAAGUUUACUCCGAGAUCGAGUAUCCUCCGAUUGAUCGCAUCGGUUCGAGCGCCACAACGAAGCCACCGUCAAACAGUGGCUAUCCGAUGAACGUGCACUCUCCGACUUGGCGUCCAUCAUCAUUGCCGCAAGAUUAUUAUGAGCCACCACGAGCGUCCGAAGACUUCUCGCAACCGCAGCUUCUCAACAAAUUUCAGCAAGUCCAGGAACCCAACGCAGUUACGGUUGUCACAGAUAUCAAAACGACCACCGACAAACCGUUGCCCGAAUGCAAUGGCUCGUCCACCGUGUUUAGACCCUCAUUCGCAAUCGUCGCCAUCGCCCUUAUCCUUUUUCCAUUUGCAACGAUUUUCAACAAUUGAGAGAUAAAUCGAAGAGAGAAAGAGAGAGAGAGAGAGAGAGUUCAUGUCGAAUCGCCACAAAGUUACGCGGAUAAAAAUUCUUUUUAGACUGAUUAUUUUAACCCGGGACAAAUUUUCGGGCAUUGCUAUCUAGUUAAUUUAACGAUAAACUUUCGACACUUGCAAUAUUUUUUUGGAAUGAACAAAUGGAAAAAAAAGAAGAAACUU